AUGGAAUCCUUGGCGGAUGCUUUCUCGUGGCUGACGACUUCAUGGCUCUGCGACGUGACACAGCCGGAAGGCUACGCUCGCGAGCCCGAGUUUGUCGUUCAGAGCAUCCCAAUGCCCACGGAGGUGAUGGCGCAGCUGUCUCCAUUCCUCUCCGUCCAAAACCUGGCGCCGUUGCGAGCCACCUGCCGUCAGCCGGCGAGUGCUGGGGAAGAGGCUUUCCAGCAGCUUCUGAAGCUGCCCGAGAAGAGGCGCCACCAGAUCCAACGGGUGGAUGUGGAGAGAUCAGCAGAGCAGUGGGCGGAGCUCACGAAAGGAAAACAAGAUCAUAAAUGGCAUAUUGCCAGCAAGCGUCGUUUCAUGUGCGAUAUUUCCGGCGAGUGGGUGCUCUACACCCCGACGGGGUCAAUGUUUGAUGGCCUGAAGGAGUACCUGCUCCUCACCCGAUUCCUACCUGCGGAGCCCCUGCCCUCGAAGACCGAGGACAUCCUGUUUGGCAAAUCUUCCAAGUGA